CGUGGAAAGGGGGAUUUCAUUUUUAUUUCCAUACCGUUCGUGCUUUCGAGUUGAUCGUUUCACCGUCUAUACCAGUAAACACCUUUGCGUUUCUAAUUGUAAAUACCCGUCAUUUCCAUUUUCCGUGCUUUUUUUUUCUCGGGUUGUUUCCUGAGGAAAUCGUGUUCCGUGACAGUCAUAAUAAUUGUAACGGCUUUCUGCUACGUGAAAACUCAAAACAAAUCAGCGAGAAGCUAGUAUGCUAAUAUAAUAAAUGUCCUUUCCUCCGGUGUAUACACUGAAUAUAAAAAUAUGAAAGAAGGGCAUGAUUUUUGGUGUCGUGAAAGAAUAAUGCAUCCUCCAGUUUACAGACCCAUUUUCAUUUCAUUUGCAACGUUUGUGUUGUGAUCUAAUCAUUUUUUUACUUCCAUUUUCGCAAGGCGUUACGUAAGUGACUGACAAAAAGAACACAACAACAACAACAUAUUAUUAUUAUUAUUAAUAACACAGAAAGAGUCUGCGCGUGCUUCAUCUAAACGGUACUGGGCCCUGAGCGCGCGCAGCCGGUUCCGGACCGUCAUCGCGAGCUUUCACGCAGCGCGAGCCUGUGCUGAGGCGGUAACCCGUGUAUUUUUGUACUGAGGCGAAUUAUAAAAAUGAGUCUCUCUUUAGGAGGACCCAUAGAACCACGAGUAGAGGAGCUGCAGGGGAAACUGAAAGAGCUGCAGCGAGGAAGAAAGGAACUGGAAGAAGAGCUACAGCGGUCCCAGACUCUCCGAGACACUCUGGAAAAGGAACACGAAGCGUUGUGCACUGAAGCCUACAAGCUGGAGGUGACCCGCAAAGAAAGAGAAGAUUCUUACAAGACUCUGAAGUUUGCAUGGGAAGAUGUGGAGUCUGACUUAAAAAGGCAGCAGCAGCUGAACAGCAAAACCAAGGAGCUCAUUCAGCAGUACACCUUUCACAUUCAGGAGACCAAGCUGAAGCACAGGAAGCUUCGAAUGAAAUUUGAAAAUCAGCUUCAACAACUAAUGGAUCAGCACAAACAUCUGGCUUCAGUCUAUUCUCCAGAAAGACUGCCUGCAGAAGUUGAGAAUGCUGAAAAAGCCAACGAGCAGCUUUUAAAAGCAGAGGAGCUUAAGCUGAUUCAUUUGAAUCACCUGUCAGAGAGGACCACUGACACGAGAGGUCCUGAUCUCAGAGCACAAAGUUCUGUAGGCUCCGAGGAGGCCGGAUGUCCCUUCCAGGCUGUGGACCAGGACGCUAUGUUGAAGCAUUCUGCUUGGGCUGCGUCACACAACCCACCACCUCCGGCUUUGGCUCGACGACCUUGCGGGACGGCAGGCGCAAGCCCUCCAUCACACUCGUGA